AAUUUUUUGAGUUUUGCCGAUUUUGCCUCCUCUUCUUUUCUCAGGCGCAUUCACUUCCUUGUCUAAUUAAGCGGUGGAUCUAGUGGCAUCACAUAGUUAGAUCUGAUUCAAGUUGUCGGUUUUUGCUCCCCCUGGGUGUUAGAAAGGAUGGCGAGGGAAGGCAAGGCUGGACGCAAGACUAGUGAUAGGAGAAAGGCUGGAUCCACAUAUAGAGCUUCAGAUCAGUCAGAUGAGGAUUACACAGUUGAUGAUGAUGAGGAAUUUGAUGAGUCAGAAGAUGGAUAUUCUUCCUUUGUUGGAGAUGAUUCAGAAGAGAGUUUAGGUGAAUAUGAAGAUGAGGAGGAGGAAUUUAAGACGCGGAAGGUGAAAAGGGUUGCUCGAUCAAGAGCACCAAGCAGAAAAGAAAAAGGAACUGUGAAGUCUAGAAAGAGAAAGAGAGUUUCAUAUAGAGAAGAUGAUGAUGACGAUGAUGAAGAUGAUGAGGAGUUCACACCAGAUUGCUUGGAUGAAGAAGAAGAGUUUCCAGUAACGAAGGGGACAAACAAUUCUAGCAAACGACGGUUGCGUAAGGGCACUGUCAAAGAUGAAGAUGAUGAGGAAUUCACGCCAGAUUGCUUGGAUGAAGAAGAAGAGUUUCCAGUAACGAAGGGGACAAACAAUUCUAGCAAACGACGGUUGCGUAAGGGCACUGUCAAAGAUGAAGAUGAUGAGGAAUUCACGCCAGAUUGCUUGGAUGAAGAAGAAGAGUUUCCAGUAAUGAAAGGGACAAACAAUUCUAGUAAGCGACGGCUGUGUGAGGGCACUGUCAAAGAUGAAGAUGAUGAGGAAUUCACACCAGAUUGCUUGGAUGAAGAAGAAGAAGAGUUUCCAGUAACAGAAGGGAUGGAUAAUUCUAGCAAGCGUCAGUUACGUAAGGCCACUUUUAAAGAUGAGGAUGAGGAAUUCACACCAGAUUGCUUGGAUAAUGAAGAUGAUGAAGAAGAAGAGUCUCCAGUAAUGGAAGGAACGGAUAAUUCUAACAAGCGACGGUUACGUAGGGGCACUGUCAAAGAUGAAGAAGAUGAGGAAUUAAAUCCAGAUGGCUUGCACGAAGAGGAGGAUUUUCCAGUAAUGAAAGGGAUGAAGAAUUCAAGCAGGCUACGAAGGCGUAAGGCCACUGCCAAAGAUGAUGACGAGGAUGAUGAGGAAUUCACUCCAAUUAGCUUGGAUGAAGAAGAGGAUAUUCCAAUAACAAAAAGGAUGAAGAAUUCGAGCAAGCCACGGCUGUGUAAGGGAUAUACCAAAGAUGAUGACGAUGAUGAGGAAUUCACUCCAGAUGGCUUGGACGAAGAAGAAGAAGAAGAGUUUCCAGAAAUGGAAGGGAUAAAGUACUCAGCCAAGCCACGGUCACGUAAGGGCACUGCCAGAGUACAGAAGAGAAAUAGAAACCACAAAAAGUUGAAGAAGAUCACAAGAAAGAAAUCACUUAAGAGACGGCGAUUGAGAAGGAAAGCAAGAUCUGAAAAUGACGAGGAGUUCAUAGACGUCGAUCCAACCAUGAAAGAAAAGAAUAAAAAGAAUGCAGGUCAGAAGAGAAAAAGAAAGAGACUAACAGUAGAUUCUGAUUCUGAUUUUGUUGCGAGUUCUGGAUCAUCUGAACGUGAGUUUACCAUCUCUGAAGAAGAGAGGGAACAAGUCAGAGAGGCUAACAAUUUUUGCAGGAGCUUGGUUACAACCUGGAGGGGCUCAGCAUCUUUGAAAAAAUCACCAAUAGAGGAAGCUCCACGUCUACAAAGAAAACAUCCAGCAAGAAAGGCUAAAGAAAAGAUGGAGGAGUUAAAGAUUGAAGCCGGAAAGCAGAUUUGUGGCAUAUGUUUGUCUGAAGAAGGUAAGAGAACAGUUAGAGGGACAUUGAAUUGCUGCAGUCAUUACUUUUGUUUUGCUUGCAUCAUGGAGUGGUCCAAAGUGGAAUCUCGUUGCCCACUGUGCAAGCAAAGGUUUGUGACAAUCAGUAAGCCUGCAAGGUCAGACACUGGCUUUGAUUUGAGGACUGUGGUUAUUCACGUCCCUGAGCGUGAUCAGGUUUAUCAACCAUCUGAAGAGGAGCUUAGGGGUUACCUUGACCCGUACGAAAAUGUAUUAUGUACAGAGUGUCAGCAAGGUGGGGAUGAUGCUCUUAUGCUACUUUGUGAUCUCUGUGAUUCGCCUGCGCAUACUUAUUGUGUUGGUCUUGGACAUGAAGUACCUGAAGGUAACUGGUACUGUGAAAGCUGUCGGCCAACUGCUCUUGCUUCUUUAAACCCACAGAAUCUGAAUCCUAUGCCUGAUAAUAGAACAAGCGGCAGUUUUUCUGUUGGGUCACCUCCUGUUGCGAAUGUAAGAGAAACGUUUGAUCUUAAUGAAAUGUAUGUUCCUGAUACCCCUUUGACUGAAGAAUCAGGUGAUUUUCAAUCUCCGCGAGAUGGUCAAGUUUCUUCUCUAGCUUCUGGGAUUGGGGCAUUUACAGUUUCUGACCGACGCAGAAUACAACGGCAAAUACAUCAACUCCUUAAUAACAGGAGGAGACAACUUGGUAAUAUUACUGGGACCUUGGGUGCUGUAUCAGGGAAUAGUCUCUUUGGCUCUCAAAUUGCUCGAAGUAGAGAAUUAGCAACUCAACCUGCUAUAGCACAAAGGGCAGUACCUCAUAAUUCAUUUUUCCGAGGAAGGCAACUGGAGAGUGAUGCUCAUUUAUCUCAAAAUCCAAACCUUGUACCCGAAAGGUCAAGUAAUUUGAGUGGGCAACUGAAUUUGAAUGGAGCCUCUACAUCAUCACAAAGUUUUUUUGGUGAAUUUUUGGAAAGUGAAUUGCAAGGAACUGAUGCAAGUUUCAAUUUUAAUCUGGCUCAUCAGCAACUCCAUCCCUGCAGUAGCAGAUCUAAUGUUGGGCCUGAUGCUAGCACUUCUCCUUGUCAAUUUAGAGAGCCUGCAGUACCUUCAAGGACGACAUUGCCCAGCACUCUUAGAAGACCAUUUUAGCUGCAUGUGCUCAAGCAUGGUGAAGUGAAGCCCCCUGUGCAGUCUACCAUAAUUUGUAAUUAAAUUGGGAGACAGGCUGGCAGCCAAAUCUCCCCUGUGGAGGAUCGCUGUACUCUUGCCUCUUUUUGAGUGAAAUCACGAGUAUAGAAGACAUGCUGUUUGUUGAAGCAGUGGGAUUUGAUGUGCGACUUCUCAGAAAUAGCAUUAGCCAUUCUUUCUGCCCAUUGACCAUGCCGGACAAAUCCAUUUGUUAGGAUAGAUUUUUCAGCUUUACACUUGUAUACCACGCUUUAACUGACAAAAGAUUCCUUGAUUGUUGUCAAAAAUAUGCAACCACUGUUGUUGCCAUUGUUAUUUAUUAGCCAAUUUGUUAUCGGAGCUGUUUGGAUAUGUUGGAAAUUUACCAUUGACUAUGGUAA